AUGGAUGAAGACGCUCCCGAAUACAUCCGGCGAGAGCCCGAGGCCCUCAAUGCCUUCAUCCAAGAGAAAACGUCACCGUAUGGAAGAGUCAUCCGUUCAUGGAAAAUGGCCAUCUUCUGGUCGGUUCUCUUUUCCGUCACCAUCAUCGGUGAGGGUUAUGAUCUGGCUCUCAUGGGCAACUUCUUCUCCUUGAGGCAGUUCCAAGAUCUCUUCGGCAGAUCUCACGGCCCAGGUCUUCCUCGUGAGAUCCCUGCUCUCUGGCAGAGUGGAAUGCUGUGCGCCGCUCUCGCAGGCCAGCUUAUCGGCAUUUACUUUACCGGACACUCUGUCGACCGCUACGGCCACCGUAAGACCGUCAUCUUCGCCCUUGGCCAGGUCAUGCUGCCAACAAGGCUGUCACACGUCUGGACAACAAUCUCCUCGCGUUCCGAAUCCCCCUUAUGGUGCAAUGGCUAUGGCCAGUCCCCGUCGCCAUCGGUGCCUUCAUCGCUCCCGAGUCCCCCUGGUGGCUCAUUCGUCAGGGCCGCUCCGAGGACGCCAGAAAGUCUCUCAGACGGCUCAACAAGCAGGCCCGAUUUCCCUCUGGAAGGCCACAUCCGCGCCAUGGAGCUCACAAACGAGCACGAAAGGGACUCCUUGCACAGCCCGGCAACGGCAAGCCGCACCUCCAGCAUCGCAUCCAAGUCCAAGAACGAACCGACCGUCCGCUGCGUGCCCGCCGUUUCGGCAGAGGCAGCCGCGGCUCGGGGGUCGCCCGAUGCCGUGCCCAGCUACGCCGACUGCUUCCACGGCACCAACAGGCGGCGCACAGAGAUUGUCGUCAUGCUCAACCUGACGCAGCAGCUGUGCGGGUCGUGCCUCAUGUUCUACUCGGCCAAGCUCUACCAGAAGGGCGGCAUCGCCGUCGAGCAGGCCUACGACUACACGCUCGUCCAGUACGGCCUCGGCCUCGUCGCCAUCGCCUGCAGCUGGGCCCUCAUGCAGCGCCUCAUGAGGCCAAGUCACUCGGUGCGUGUCGUACACAGCAGUCGCUAG